AUGGCUCUGGUGGACUACUCAUCAUCUGAUUCGGCUUCUGAGGCCGGAUUCCCUCCGGCUAAAAGGCGCAAAGAGGCGGAUAGCGAGACCCAUGGCUCCGUGGCAGGCGGCGCCGGAGCUGGCACCGGCGGUCGAAAAGGAAUCCGACACAACCCUGCCGUGUCCUCGAACACGAGGGAGACUAAUGGCGGUAGUGCAUCGACACUUCCACCCCUCCCGGAUGAGUUCCACGACCUGUACGCUUCUACGGUGCGAAAUGCCACUGCCGACAACCCGGCUCUGCACCAGGGCCGAAAGAGAACCAUUCCCCAUAUUGCUGGCAAUUGGCCAUCACACGUAUACAUUGAGUGGCACCCCUCUGCGGAGCAGCACUCUCUCCUCACUGCCAUUUUAGACGAAAUCGCACCGCUCCUUGGCACGCAGAAACUGCACCCGCUCCUAAAUUCGGAUCUCAACGCUCCCCUGCCACUUCACAUCUCACUCUCGCGGCCUCUGUCCCUGAUCACGGCGCAAAAGGACGCCUUCCUCUCCUCCCUGACAUAUUCCUUGUCCUCUGCCACGGGCGAGUUCAGUCUAUCGCCGCGAGGCCUCGGCUUCUUCAAAUCGCCGGACUCGGACCGGUCCUUCCUCGUCCUCCGUGUAGCGAACCCAGCCACCUCGUCGCAGAGCGACACUAGUAGCACCAGCACCACCGGCAGCAACCCGCAGCUCCGCACACUGCUCAACAAGUGCAACGGCGUCGCCGUCCGCUUCGAACAUCCACCCUUGUACCAAACCCAUGCGACCGAGCUCGUCGACGAUGCGUUCCACGUGAGCAUCGGGUGGACGUUUGGACUGCCGCACGAAGAUGCGUGUCGGCAGACAUACGGCUUACUGAAAAAGCCAGAGUUCCGUGGUGUCCAGAAAUGGCACAUUGAGGUUUCGGGGGUCAAGGCCAAGAUUGGCAACGUUGUCACGCACAUUGCUUUGAAUAAUCCGUCCAGGAGGAAGAAGAGCGCCACUGAGGAUGGCUUAUACGAGUGA